ACGUUGCCCUCGCUACUCCCAUUCACUUAUAUGCAGUUCCUUCCACAAAAAUAUAUCCAACAAUUAAAAAUAAAAAAAAUAAAAUCGAAAUUUAGACAUAAUUUUGUUAUCCAACAAUCUCGCUCUUCAAUGGCGGCGACAAUCCUCACUCCACCGCGUCUCCAACUCUCGACAACGACGCCGUUUCCAUCUCCACGCGUCUCGUUCCCUCUCAAAUCCAAACCUUACCUCUCCUUCACCACACGCGCCACAACCGACGAUGAUCCCCAACCCGAAUCACAAACUUCCAGACCGGCACCCGGCUCCGACUCCGACAGCGACCCCUUCGAAUCCCGUCUCUCAAAUGUCCGCCUCCGAUACCGUAGCGGAACCGGAAAGAAAGCGGAGGUUAGGAAGUCUAAAAAAGGAGUAUCCAAAUCCGGUACCGGAUCCGGACUGUACCUUCCACCAGUGCCUUUAAAGGAGGCGGUGUCAGGCGGUGUGAAAGUGGAGUUCGGGUUUAGUCGGUAUACUGAGAGGGUAAACGGGCGGAUAGCGAUACUAGGGCUAACGGCAUUAUUGUUGGUGGAAUUAGCGACAGGAAAAGGCGUGAUUAAUUAUCACACGCCAGCAGUUGUGUUAAUUCAGGUUUACCUUGUAGCGGCGGUGUCGGCUCUGUAUAUUAAGUAUGAGAAGGAAAAAGUUAGCGUUUGGCCUCGAGAAUGAAGUAUAAAUUACGUUAGCGAUUUUUAUUUAUUUAUUUUUUUUUUUUGUAAUUUAUGAUACGUUUAAGUUUUUGUUGGACAAUUGAAUGGAUUAUUAUAAACUGUGAUUAUGGUUGAAGAA